UCCCGUCUGCGCCACUCUCCGCUGCCUCCCACCCUUUCCAGGGAGAUGAGGAGGGCCCGUGGCGGGACCAAACCACAGACCCGCCCGAAAGCCACGGGGGUGCGUUCCGGGAGCCCCCACCCACCGGGCGCUCCCACCCUGCCCGCCUCUUUCUCCGGCUGAAACCACUGCGCGGCGCCGGGAAAGGCACGUUUCGGCUGCGGGAGGGCAGGGGAACCGGAGCUGCCGGCAGGGAGGGGACGGAGAGGAGCGGAGCGGGGAGGAACUUCCCCAGAACUCCAGCGGAGAGGGCUACAGAGCCUCCCGGAUCCCCGGGCACUGGCACCGGCACCGGCAGCGGGCACCGGCGACAGCUUCGGCAGCUGCAGCGGCUCCGGCGCGGUCCCGGCGCUGGCGCUGUCCGCGGUCCUGAACCUGCCCCCGGUACUGGCGUUGUCCGCGGUUCUGACGUGGUGCCCGGUGCCGGUGCCGGUCCCGGUGCCGGUGCAGGUCGCGGCCGCUCAUCCCAAGCCGCCUCCUUUAAGAUGAUGCAAUCGGUCCCGCGCUCCACGCUCCCGUGCCCCCGCCGUUGAGCAGAACAGAGCCGAGCCGCGCAGCGCGGUGCGGGAGCGGCCCCGCGGCCCGGCCCGGCCCAGCGGGGCGGAGCGGAGCGGCCCCAGCGCGGACAUGGCUGUGCAGCCAGCCGCGCUGCCCGGGAGGCUGCCGCCGCGGGGGCUGCCGGAGCCCCGCAGCCCUUAGCGCAGGGCUGCGGGCUUUCUGCAAGUCAUCUGAGGCAGCCGAAAGGGCUCCCCUGCCCCGCUCACUCUGAGCACAACGGAUCUGUUUCGGAGGGGGGGCUACUGCGGGGCUUUUUUUUCCCUCCCCCCCGUCGUGCUCUGUGUGUUGGUUUCUCUCGUCACCUGCCACUGUUAAGUUUCCUGUGACUCAGUUUAACUCUUGAGAUCUCCACGGAUGUCGCCGAGAGCACUUUUCUUGCCUUUGCUGUCCCUUGCUGGGAUGGGAUUUGUCGCUGCCUGGCCUGUGUGCCUGUGUGUUGUGUUCUGAGUGCCGGGGGGUUUUGCUUUCCUUUGCCAGAGCUUUGCGUUCCUGCUGACCAAGACCUGUGAAUGACCACAGGCUUGGCUUGCCGUUGAUUUGGAUGGCUUUGUGGGAAGAUCUAAGGCUGUGAUUGCAUUUCAUGAAGUGAAUCUCUCCAACCUCCAUGGCAUAGGGAAUAAGCCACUUCUGCCACACUGUCACUCAUGGACAAUUCAGAUUUGGGUUAAACAAACCUUUAGGCUGGUUUUCUGUUUUCUCGCUUCCCCUUUUCCCCCAUUUGUCUUAAUAUUGGAAGCCUUAUUCUACACUUGGAUGUGAUUGAUAGUCCUGCUGCUUCCUGCUGCUGAUUUCUUCUUUAAAGUACCAUGGCUCUGAGUGGCAACUGCAGGACUUACCUUCCUGCUCGGGAGCAGGGGACUGGGCUCCACUCCUUCCCAGAGGUAGUGGAGCUAAAUGUGGGUGGCCAGGUCUACUUUACCCGCCACUCCACCUUGGUUGGCACCCCUCACUCCCUGCUCUGGAAAAUGUUCACCCCAAAGAGAGACACAGCCAACGAUCUGGCCAAGGACUCCAAGGGAAGAUUUUUUAUUGACAGAGAUGGUUUCCUCUUCCGUUAUAUUCUGGACUAUCUCAGGGACAAGCAAGUGGUUUUGCCUGACCACUUCCCAGAGAAGGGGAGGCUUAAGAGGGAGGCUGAGUACUUCCAGCUCCCAGACUUGGUCAAGCUUCUGAGUCCUGAUGACAGCAAGCAAAGCCCAGAUGAUUAUUGCCACAGUGACUAUGAAGAGGUAUCCCAGGGCAGUGACACCAGAAUCUGUCCACCCUCAGCACUCUUACCGCCUGAUCGCAAGUGGGGAUUCAUUACCAUCGGCUACCGGGGGUCGUGCACAAUUGGCAGGGAGAGCCAAGCAGAUGCCAAAUUCAGGAGGGUCCCAAGGAUUUUGGUUUGUGGAAGGAUUGCUCUGGUUAAAGAGGUCUUUGGUGAAAGUUUGAAUGAAAGCAGAGAUCCGGACAGGGCACCAGAGAGGUACACCUCCAGGUUUUAUCUCAAGUUCAAGCACCUGGAGAGGGCUUUUGACAUGUUGUCUGAGUGUGGAUUCCACAUGGUGGCCUGUAACUCCUCGGUGACAGCUUCCUUUGUCAACCAGUACACCGAUGACAAGGUCUGGUCCAGCUACACCGAAUAUGUCUUCUACCGUGAACCCUCCCGAUGGUCCUCCUCUCACUGCGACUGCUGCUGCAAGAACGGCAAAGGUGACAAGGAGGGGGAGAGUGGCACCUCCUGCAACGAGCUGUCCACCUCCAGCUGCGACAGCCAGUCUGAGGCCAGCUCCCCCCAGGAGACUGUCAUCUGUGGUCCUGUCACCCGCCAGCCCAACAUCCAGACUCUGGACCGCCCGGCCAAGAAGGGCCCAGUGCAGCUGCUGCAGCAGUCAGAGAUCCGCAGGAAGAGCGACCUGCUGCGGACUCUCACCUCUGGCUCCAGGGAGUCCAACUCCAGCAAGAAAAAAGCCGUGAAGGAGAAGCUCUCCAUUGAGGAGGAGCUAGAAAAAUGUAUCCAGGAUUUCCUCAAAAUCAAAAUCCCAGACAGGUUUCCAGAGAGGAAGCAUCCCUGGCAAUCCGAACUGCUGCGGAAGUACCACCUAUAGGCUCGGGGUGGGCAGAGCAGAUGACCUUCCUGCCCUGAGAGAAAGAUCCUAAGGGAAGCGCCAAUAAUUCCCCCAAAUCAUUGUUUGUUAGGUCACAAAGCCAGACCAGGCCCAUCUCUGUCGUGCUGCCUACUUCACCUCCACAUUUCUAGCUGUAGAGUAAGGACCUUCUUUCCCCGCGGCGGAAGCACAAUGACAAACGCUUCUCGUUGUCAGCUCCAAGUCUUACACAAGCUCAGUGCCUUAAGGGCACAACCAGAGCUGUUCACGUCCGGCUGCUGCUGCUGCUGCUGCUGCUGGGACCAUGAGCUGGCAGUGGCCUGGGCUUGGUGGCCUCCAUGCCUUCUGCCUUCUCAUUCACAGAUUGCGUCAGGUUGGAAGGGACCACCCGAGGUCAUCUUGUCCAACCGCCCUGGGAGGGACGUGCAGGGCUGCAAGGGCCAGGCUGUGGCGUGGCAGUGACCCUGCAGCAGGUGUAGAUCUCUGUGUGCAUAUAUAUAUGUGUGUAUAUAUCUGAGUGUAUAUAUAUGUGUAUAUAUAUAGCAAUAGAGACUGCUGGCAGAG